UGUGGGCGGAGGCUGCGGGACAGGAGCGCGGCGAAGGAGAUGGAUGCUUCUGAGGUGGAGUUUUUGGCCGAGAAGGAACUGGUGACGAUUAUCCCCAACUUCAGCCUGGACAAGGUGUACCUCAUCGGGGGUGACAUAGGUCCCUUUAACCCGGGUCUCCCUGUGCAGGUGCCUCUGUGGCUGGCCAUCAACCUGAAGCAGCGCCAGAAAUGCCGCAUUGUUCCUCCGGAGUGGAUGGACGUUGAAAAGCUGGAGGAAAUCCGAGACAAUGAACGGAGGGAGGAGACCUUCACACCGAUGCCCAGUGCCCACUACAUGGAACUUACCAAGUUAUUGUUAAACCAUGCCUCUGACAACAUCCCAAAGGCUGACGAGAUCAGGACGCUUGUUAAGGACACGUGGGACACUCGGAUCGCCAAGCUCCGAUUGUCUGCUGACAGCUUUGUGCGGGAACAGGAAGCCCACGCCAAGCUGGAUAACUUAACGCUGAUGGAAAUUAACACCAUUGGAACUUUUUUAACGGAGUCCCUAAACCACAUGUACAAAUUACGAACCAGCCUGCAGUACUCGGAGGAUGGACAGUCCCAGGAACACUGACCCACCCACUGGGCCAACGUAAUUAAAAAGGCGAAUGGAAUUAGCGGCUUGCCAAGGUCAUUGUGAAGAGCUUGCUUCCCCGGCAUAUACAGAUAUCGUCUGUGAUGCUGGCCUGCAAGCAGACAAGAGAGACACGCUGCUAGUGACUGGUGCACCUCCUGCGCUUCAGGUGAGACCACAGUGCACCUGUGCUGCCGGCCGGUGUAGGCACUGGAAUGUCCUGUCACCAGAAACCAGCUCAUCCCGAGAAUGCAGCAGUGUCAUUCUUCUGGACAAUCGAGCUCAUGGUAUUAACCCUACUCACUCUUGGAAAGAAGCAGCGGGUUCUCGGUGUCGGACUUACCUGUUCACAAUCGUGAAAUAAACAAAUGCUUAUUA